AUGGAAAAGUUUUCUGAUAUAAAGGAUGCUCUGGAAGAGAAGAACUAUCUCAUUGUGUUCGAUGAUAUGUGGAGGGACGAAGACUGGGCAAAACUGCAACUGUACUUACUGGUUAAACAAAAUCAGGAAUGCAAAGUGUUUGUGACCACUCACAAUGAUGAUGUUCCGAAGAAACUUCAGCGAAUUGUUCCUCCACAUAAGGUAAAACUUUUGGACGAAGUAAAGAGUUUGGAUCUUUUCUUAAAGGUGGUCUGCCAAUCCUCAGACUGUAUGGAAGCAAGUCUCAACAAGGGGCAGAUGAAGGUUCUGACGAAGAAAAUCGUAUCCAAGUGUGGUGGGUUGACCCAAGCUAUUGCGGACUUGGGAUAUCUUUUAUCGAAAGAAGAGACAACUUGUCAUGGAUGGAGUAACCUGUUGGAUAGUCUUAGCUGGAAACAUAAGAGCCUGAGAACAAGAUGA